AUGACCACCGCAGCCGAUAGCGAUCCCGAGAAACUCUGGCUCGAGACCCCACUGGUCUAUUCGUCGCACAUCUCUGCUCGCCUCGGCUGCAAUGUGUAUCUGAAGCUCGAGUACCUCCAGCCCGCACAGUCCUUCAAAUCGCGCGGGAUUUCUUACUUCGUUCUGCAUGCACGUCGCAGACAUGGACCUGGCGUCCAUGUCAUUAUUGCAUCCGGAGGAAAUGCCGGACUCGCCGCUGCAUGCGCAGCCAAGGCCCUUGGCCUUCGGUGCACCGUUUUCCUCCCUGAAGGCGUCAGUGCAUCCACCGUAGAAUUCUUGAAGCGGGAAGGCGCGGAGGUCGUGACCGCAGGAAAAAUAUACCUCGACGCCCUGCGAGCAGCGGAGAAGGCUGUCGAAACUCAAUCAAACGCUGUCAUGAUCCCUGCGUACGAUGAGCCCCUCCUCUGGGAAGGUCAUAGCUCGAUGAUAGCAGAGCUCGCCCGACAGCUGCCCAAGGACAUCAAGCCAGACGCAAUCUUCUGCAGCGUCGGCGGCGCCGGCCUCUGCGCUGGCGUCAUGCUGGGAUGCAAGUCGGUCGGAUGGGACGACGUGUCUGUCGUUGCGCUGGAGACCACAGGCUCAAACUGCUUCUACCAGUCGCUCGCGCUCAACCCUGGCGCGUUCCCCACGACAGCCGAGCCUGCAGAAGACGUCCGCCCUGCACAUUGUCCCGAACAUGACGUGACCGUCGCACACCUACCCGCUCUCACUUCGCGCGCCACGUCACUGGGCGCGAGCUCGCCCGCCGCGGGGUCGGUCCGCAUGGCGCUCGAUAGGAAGGGCGGCAUCAAGAGCGUCUGCGUGGAUGACGAGCUAGCGAUGAAGGCUGGGUUGCUCUUCGCCGACGAACACAAGAUACUUGCCGAGUUGUCCUGCUCGACUACGCUCGUACCGGCAUACUCACCCGAACUGUUUACAAAACUCGUACCACCAUCUGCUUCGGGAGCACCGCGGACGGUCGUCUUCGUUGUGUGUGGAGGCUUCAAAAUCUCGCUCGCGGAGUUCGAGGAGUAUAGGGGCAUUGUGGAGAGAAAAGUGGAGGGACGGACACACUGGGACGUGUUGUGCAACGGUGAGAGCUGGGAGAUUCCCAUCUAG